AUGUCCUCCCAACUCAACCCACGGACAACAAAGUAUGAGUUUCUCGGCCCCCCAGGCGCCUUCGCAAUCUCCGUCGGCGUCCCCAUCAUGACCUACGCGCUCUACUUUGGCUGCUCAGAGUCUGCUGGCGGGUGUCCGCCUAAAUUCGCGUCUUUGUCUGCCGUCUCUGAGGUUGUCAUUCACUCUGUCACAAGCUUGGAUUGGUGGAAAGCGCUGUGGGACACGGAGGCGGCGCUCAUCUACCUCGCAUGGUACACAUUCUGUGUCGUCGCGUGGGCCGUCAUCCCAGGCGAUCAGGUAAGCGGCACCACUCUGCGAACAGGACAGAAGCUGUCCUACAAAAUCAAUGCAUUCUCCACCUUUUUACUCGCUCUGGGAAUCACGUCGGGCACCAUCUUGCGUUUCGGGCCAGAGUCUUUCACCUUCAUCUACAACAAAUGGGUUGGGUUGAUCACAGCUUCCCUCCUGAUGGCCUUUGUUCAGGCAGUGUAUUGCUAUGCGGUUUCUUUCAACCAGGGUAAACUGUUGGCGGUGGGCGGCAACUCGGGCAAUCUGAUCUACGACUGGUACAUUGGACGCGAGUUAAACCCAAGAAUCGGAUCCUUCGAUAUCAAGUCUUUCAAUGAGCUUCGACCCGGCCUGAUCCUCUGGGUUCUCAUCAACAUCAGCAUGGUCUGCGAGCAGGCAACGCGCCGGGGUGGGCUGUCGAAGGUUACCGAUUCGAUGUGGCUGGUCCUUGCAUUCCAGACUUGGUACGUUGCCGAUGGCUUGUACAACGAGCCUGCUCUCUUCACCACCAUGGAUAUCACAAGCGACGGCUUUGGCUUCAUGCUCUCUGUCGGUGACUUGGUCUGGGUACCUUUCGUAUACUCCCUCCAAGCGCGCUACCUUGCAUUCCACCCUGUCGAACUCGGACCUCUCGCCACCGCCGGCGUCCUUUUCACCAAUCUUGUAGGCUACUAUAUCUUCCGAACAGCCAAUGGCGAAAAGAACGACUUCCGCAACGGCACCAACCCCAAAAAUCUCAAGUACAUGACCACUAAGAAGGGUACCAAACUCCUCACAUCAGGCUGGUGGGGUCGUUCCAGGCACCCUAACUACAUGGGCGACUUGAUCAUGGCUUUGGCUUGGUCACUCCCGACCGGCUUCGAAACCCCCAUCACAUAUUUCUACGUUGCCUACUUCACAUUCCUCCUCGUCCACAGGCAAAUCCGCGAUGACGAAGCCUGCCACCUUAAAUAUGGCGACGAUUGGGUUGCUUACAAGAAACUGGUACCUUACCGAAUUAUACCCUACAUCUAUUGA